UUAUUUUCUCUUAAAUAUAAACUGCAUUCCUGCUUUACAGAAGCAUUUCAGAACCAUUCAGAACAUUGAAUCGUUCAGCUCACACAGAACUGUUAGUUGUGCUUUCGCUCAUAGAAAGUGUGUGGCUCUUCCAUGGAUGGUGUGGGAAGCACUUUUGGACUGAUUACACAAAUAGUGAACAUCAAAAUGAAGAUCCUAUUCUUGCUGUGUAUAGGUAAUUUCUUCUCAGGAUCAGUCUUUGGACAAUUGAAGAUUGUAACAGUUCCAUCCUUAGAAGGCUAUUCUCAUGGAGACAUCAAUCUGCCUUGUAGUGCCAGUCUUAACAGGAAUGACAUUAAGCUGAUGUGGAUAACAUGGAUUCAGAAUACUCAGAAGGUUUAUGAAUAUGAUGGAUACAAUGCAAAACAUAUUGUAGAAUUACCAGGAUACAAUGUUGAUCUUAAGCAAGUACAGCAAGGGGAUAUAGCCUUAACAAUAUCAAGGAAUACUUUAACACCUGGAGUAUAUACAUUUAAAUGUGAAGUAACAGAAGGCUCAUUUGAAGGCAGAGGAGAAACUACACUAACAAUAAGAGGAUCCAUCUUUGGACAAUUGAAGGUUGUAACAGUUCCAUCAUUAGAAGGCUAUUCUGAUGGAGACAUCAAUCUGCCUUGUAAUGCCAGUCUUAACAGGAAGAACAUUAAGCUGAUGCGGAUAACAUGGAUUCAGAAUGCUGUGAAGGUUUACGAAUAUGAUGGAUCGACUGCAACCCAUAUCGUAAAAAUACCAGGAUACAAUGUUGAUCUUAAGCAAGUACAGCAAGGGGACGUAGCCUUGACAAUAGCAAGGAAUAUUUUAACACCUGGUGUAUAUACAUUUAAAUGUGAAGUAAGAGAAGGCUCAUCUGAAGACAGAGGAGAAACUACACUAACAGUAAAAGCACCACCUCAGAUUUUGACUGUUAACGCAGCAAGAAGUGUCACUGUCAAAGAACUUCCAUAUGACCUGACAUGCAGUGUACCUAACCUGAGAUGGAACAAGGUGGAAAAAAUGACCCUUACUUGGAAAGAGAAUGGAAAGGAUCUGUGUUUCUUUGAUGGAUCCAAUAGUGAUGCACAACAAUCCAAGAAAUGUCACUGUGUCGAGUGUUACCCAUCUCUGUGCUUACUUACUUUAAGAGAUGCCCACAUAUCAGACGUUAAUUAUACAUGCAUUGUAACUGAAGGAAAUGCAGAAGGAAAUGCUGCAAUAGAAGUGAAAUUUAAAGCACCACCUCAGAUUUUGACUGUUAAUGCAGCAAGAAGUGUCACUGUCAAAGAACUACCAUAUGACCUGACAUGCAGUGUACCUAACCUGAGAUGGAACAAGGUGGAAAAAAUGACCCUUACUUGGAAAGAGAAUGGAAAGGAUCUGUGUUUCUUUGAUGGAUCCAAUAGUGAUGCACAACAAUCCAAGAAAUGUCAUUGUGUCAAGAGUUACCCAUCUCUUUGCUUACUUUCAUUAACUGAUGCCCACAUAUCAGAUGUUAAUUAUACAUGCAUUGUAACUGAAGGAAAUGCAGAAGGAAGCGCUACAAUAGCAGUGAAAUUUAAAGAUUGAAGUCACCACAUGUGGGAGGAGCAGAACCUUUCUGGAAGGAGAAGAACCCUUUCUUGUAAAGUUUAAAAAGUGGCUCUUUACAAAGACGCUUUAAUUCUUUCUAUGCUAAAACAACCUGCUAUGUCAACACAGCUUGUCAUGUUACUUGACUACCUAUUGAAAAUCUACCUUGUCUCUUAAUGAUUUGGUGUUUGCUUAAAAAUUACCUGAAUGUUUUGAUAAUUAGUUAAGUAGAAAGUCUAAAAGCUCAGUGGCAUUGUAAGUCUAGAAUUUAAAGAAUGCUACUGUGGGGUGAUGUUUGGUUAUAAAAGAUCAGCAAAUGCAUCUACCACAAAGUGCAAUUUAUGAAGACACAAGAAUGCCUCUUAUAACCCCUGUUUCUAAGUUACACAAGCACGCUUCACUAUAGCCCACUAACUCGACAGUAAUGGCAGAAGCACAUGAGCUCUGAAAUCACUUUUCAAAUGUAUAAAAUUAAAUUUCUUUAAUUGUUGUAUUGGUGCUUACUGUAGUACUGUACUUUAUUUGCUUUUGUUUAUGGCACUAUUUGAAUAAUGUUUAAAAUGUUUUUUAAAGCCUGCUUUCAUGUUUCAUCUGAAGACAGUAUAGAUUCAGUACAUUAAACAAAAUGUUUUUGGUGAAAAACAAAUUAAAA